GAAGGAAGACGGGAAGCGCAAGGGGACACCCUUUUUCACAACAUAUCCUAGAUACCGACUUGCCUCAAGGCUUCAGGGAGCUUAAUAUCUGGUAUGAUGGGUCGACUGAUCCCUCCCGACAUCUUAGAAGCUUCGAAAACAUGGCAGUACUACACCGAUACAAUGACCCCGUUCAGUGCCGAGCAUUCCUGACGACCCUGCGAGGGCCCGCGCAGGAUUGGUUUCACCAAUUGCCCCCGGGGGCCAUCAGGGAUUUCGACGGGUUUAGCUCGAGCUUCCUAAACCAAUUUUCAAGUGUCAAAGCCCAAGAAAAGUCGUACCUUACUCCUAUAGGUAUGCAGCAGAAGGAAGGGGAAUCACUAAGGGACUACGUGGCGAGGUACACGAGGGCGUGUGUCGAUGUCCCCUCGGCCACUGAGGAGAUCAAGUCGGGAGGACUCACGCGAGGGCUACUCCCGGGACUGUGCAGAAAUUCCCUAGCGAAGCGGCCCGGAAGGACGUUUGAUGAAGUUUUGGGAAGGUGCGCCAAAUACAUGAAUGUUGAGGAAGCCGAAGCCGACUUUCUGCAAGUGGCUAAGCCAAAAACUGAGCCUCAGGAUGAGAAGAAGGACAAAAAGCCGGUCGCAACAACUGAAAGGAAAGGAUCCCCAAGGGCCGAAAGAGAAGGGCGACCAAGGGGGUGGAGAACAACCCAAUAUACUCCUUUGUCGGCCUCGCGCGUAAGGAUACUGGAGGUUAUGGAGAGAGAGAUCCGCGACAACGUCGUCAGGUGGCCACAAACGAGAAAGGACGGGCCGACACAACCUAAAAGUAACAUGUGUUGUCGAUUCCACAAAGACUAUGGCCAUAACACCGAUGAAUGUCGGCACUUGAAAAAUGAGAUAGAGAGAUUAAUCAAAGCAGGCCAUCUGAAGGAAUUU